AUGGAGGAGACAGUGGAGGCACGAUGGGAACUAAUAAUGGAAGCAAGGAAACUACCACACCUAAACAUGGGAAAGGCGGCACAGGAUCAAGCUAGAUCGUACAACCUCCGGAAAAGGGACUGGAGACCCAAAAUAGGAGACCUAGUAUGGGAAAGAAAGCACCCCUUGUCAAAAGCAGCAACUGGAUUCGCGGCCAAGCUAGCUUCAAAAUACGAAGGUCCAUUCAAAGUAACAAGUUUCAUAUCAGCGAAUGGACAAGAAACUAAAAAGCUCGCUCUCCAAGUACCAGAAGAGCCUCCAAAUGCUCAACCAACAGCGGCGAUGGGUGAUUAUACUCGGAGCCGUGGACGUGGCAGGUCCAGCUGGUUGCAGGAAGCCAACCAGGGCCGCCCCGGUAGGCAGACAAGCGCCAGCCAGGCAACCAAUUUUGACACCGACCACAGCAACAACAAGGCAAACGAAGGCGACACCAACAACCAAGGAAACGACCACAGCAACAACACGGCAAACGAAGGCGACACCAAAAACCAAGGAAACAACCGCAGCAACAACACGGCAAACGAUGGCAACAACAACAACCAAGGAAACGACACGACAAACAACGGACAACGAAGCACGACCCCCCAUGCCCAGGACAACAACCGGCACAAAAUGGCACGAAUCUCUCUCAACAACCCAGAACACUACGAACCCGACGUACGCGCGACGAAGCAGUGCACUUCUCGUCCGCAGCGCCGACGCAACUUUUCGGCCCUCCUACAGCGCCGAAGCGACUUCCCGGCCCAUCCGCAGCGCCGACGCAACUUCUCGGUCUAUCCGCAGCGCCGAAGCUCGCAGUAUGCAGUGAACCUCUUGGCCCUUCCGUAG